UUUAGUUAGCCUAGCAUGUUUGGUUAGUAACAUAACGUGAAAUAACGUCAGUUAUACAUAAAUGAAACCGUUGGACUCAGACGAGGAGGAACCGGAGCAGCUGGGUGCUUACCUGAAAGAACUGAGACAGCGAGCCAACCAGAAUAUCCAGCAGCUGAGCAGUGCUCUGGAGCAAGAGGUGGAGGAGGUCAGAGGCAGUGAUGGCAGCCUAUUCUCUGCCAUGGCAGAAGAGGACAAGGCAGUAUGGAGCCAAAAGACACAGAGCGAAGCAGUUAAUCAACUGAAGAGCCUUCUAUUGAAGCAGUGCAGAGAAAUUCCUGCUCCUCUCUCUCCUUCAAAGACACAGUCUCCAACCCAAGGUAGAAUAUGCAGGCAACAGGAAGGAAGGACCAGUUUGCCUGCCUUUCAGGAUUUGGUCCCAAUGAUUCACAACCAAUCAGAGUACAUUCAACACCUGGAGGCUGAGGUCAAUCUCUGCAAGGAAGAGCUGCAGGGGAUGAAACAGCGAAUCAGAGUGGUGGUUGUGGAGAAUGAGAAGCUGCAGUCUGAGCUGAAAUCCAAAGCUGUUGAUGAAUCUCUGAAAGAGUACACGAUCCGCAACUCCAUGGUUAAUGAGAGUAUGGCAGCAAACAGCCACAUAACCUCAAAUAUAGGCCACAGCGUGCUGCAGAGAGCAGAACAGUCCACAUGGAAAAAUGAACUGGAACAAUUGAAAGUUAUCUACCAGGCCCAGGUUGAAAGCUUGGAGGCUCAGGUCAUCUCCCUAAGGAAGGAUCUGUCAGUCAGUCACAAGGAGUGUGAAGAUGUGAAGGUUCGUCUGAGACACAGGGAGAAGCAGGCUGUGGAUGCACUGAGGGCUGAUGGGGCUCCCCGUGUGGCAGGAUUGUGUCUAAAGUGUGCACAGCAUGAAGCUGUGUUGGCUGGGACUCACACAAAUCUGCAUGUCCAGGCUAUUGACAGGCUCACAAAAGAGCGUGAUGAGUUACUGGUGGCUCUGCGUGCUGUGAGGGCUAGUCAGCAGGAGGCGCAACAGAGGGAGUGGUCUGCCUGUCUCCAGGUCAAACAGGCCGUGGAGAUGGCGGAAGAAGCAAAUCUGCACAAAGCUAGGGUGGAGGUGCAGUGUGAGCAGUUGUCCAGGGAGCUGAUUCGACAGAGGGAACAGCUGGAACGAGAAGCACAGGCCUUGCAGGAGAGACUGGCAGAGGCCAGAGAAGAGGGCCGUGCUGAGGCCCGCAAACAGAAAGACGAGCUGGCACAUACAGUGUCCAGCCUCUCACAGCGUGUUGCUGAGUUGGAAGGGCAACUAGACAGAGCUCACAGAGACAAGACCUCCCUGACCAAUCAGCUGGAAGACACUCUUCGCAAACUCACCAAUCAGGAACAAGACAAUACCAAGGUGAGUGUGGAGCUCCGAUAUCAACUCAGCCAGGCCCAAUUGAAGAAAGAUGAGGCAGAGAGAGAGCUCCGAGAGCUCAACACCAAGACCAACAGACAGAUGGAAAAGGCUGCCCAGGAAGUGGAAAGGCUGAGCUCAGAGCUGGUUGGCUGUCGGCAGCAUCUGGAGGCGGUCCAAAAGGAUGGGAGCCAAUGGCAGGCCGAAGCCCUGAGCCUAGCAGAACAGCUGGCAAAUGCCCAGCGCCAACUGCACCUCACCAGACAGGAUAGAGAGAGCGCAGAACGGGCUCACGAGGAGGAAAUGACAUCUGCAACCCUCUCAGCACGGGAAAGGGAGAGAGAGCUGACUGCGUUGUUGGAGCAAACAGAGGCGCAACACCAGCAGAGAGUUGGAGAGCUGGAUGGUCUGCUGAGUUCCCAGAAUUCCCUGAUUAGGAAGCUGAAGGAGGAAUGCUGCAAACUGGCGGCCAAACUAGAAGAGCUGACAGAGAACAGCAGGAGUGAACUAGAGCAGGUGGCCCUGGAGAAGCAACACCUAGAGGAGACGGUGAAGAGUCUGAGAGCUCGCUGCUCUGACAUGGAGGAACAGUGUGUCCAGCAUGGUCGAAUGCACCAGCGCAUGAAGGACAGGCUGCAGCAGUUGGACCGUCACUGUCAGAGCAGCGCCCAGCAGGUGUGUGAGCUGCUGGCCAAACAGAACCAGCUGAUGCAGGAGAGAAACACACUCACCGAGGAGAUGCAGAACCUACGCAUAGAGCUCCCCAACACUAGACGAGUCGAUACCCUGUCCACAUGAGUCUGUCCUCCCUGUUUCCUCCUCUUCCUCAUCAUCACCACUGCUCUGCUUUGCAGUUUGUAUGUAAAACAGAACACAAAUUCUUGUUUUUCUUUUUUGACUGAUGUCAAUGUGCAGGGAGACACGAACAAACUGUGUCACAAACCUUAUGUAAAUGAAAAAUCAUUUUUUUCAGUUCAUUUGACUGUUACUGUGAUGUAUUGAGCGGUUACAGGUACAAGGAUGAUGUAUUAAGCAUUAAACUUUCAAUUCUUUUACAAAUGUAAUAAAUAAAAUCACUGGUGCACUAAUCAGCCUUUGGAACAGCCUUAAUGUGAACUAAUUUUUUAAAUGGAAAACAGUUAACCCUUAAUUUUGAACAUUGUUUUCUGAUACCAUGUUUUUUCAUUUUAACCGAGCUGAAAGUUCAGAUUAUAAAUGAAACAAAAAGUCGACACCAUUACUGCAGAUUGACAUAGUGCUUUAUUGAAGCCGUCUGUAAGAAGGAAAAUAAUGUGCAUCCCUAUCAUAUACAUUUUAUGUGUAAAAAUACUAAGGAUGUACAGUGUAAAAAACAGCUUCAUGUUGAUGGUAAUUUGUUGUUUUCACAUCCUGGCGGCCUCACUGGCCAGCAGCACUGCAUCCUGACAGCAUGAGGGACAGAAAAAGGCUGUUUGAUCUGCUUUUCUGUGAAUCUUUCUGGAUCUGCUGUGUUUCCCAACACUGUCUCAGAGUCAACAUCAUCUCUGCUCCACUGACUUGUCGCAGAGCAGAGCUGACUUCAGUAUUACAGUGCUUCGGGGAAACAUGGCCCGCUCUGCGAACAGCUGGAAGCUGUCCACAAAUGUCUCACACAACUGUAAAGCUACAGUAGAUGGACAUGGACAUGAAAUUAAAACUUUUACACUUUGUAAUAUUUGUAUGUUUGCUGUUUAUAAAUAAAUGCAUCUCAUGCUUGUUCAUGUUAAUAACCAUGAUGAUAGCAGACUAGUACCAGAGAGAGAAGAGAGGGGAGGGAUUCUGUCGCAGACAUGAGGUCAAAUACUUUCAGAAAUCCUUCCAAACACUUGAGCCGUUUACUUAUUAUCUGCAUUAAACACCAGGCGGAUCGCAGUUUGUGAUUUUUGGCUGAUGCUGUUGGUUCAUUAACAACGGGUGAGAUCAAUACAGAGCAGCUGAGGUCUUUGAAAGGAUUUUACAUAUUAUUCAAAUACUCUUGGAGUCAGAUCUGUUGUGUGAUAGAUGUACAGUACAAACAGCAGCAGCUUUAAGAGUGAACACUGUCGUUGCAGCGUCAGAUAUCGAUGUUGAGUCACACCAGUCGAGGGCACCAGUAAAGCUGUGAGGAGGCCCAAAGUGAAUGUCUGCAUCCAGUUUAAGAACCUCUGUUUGGUGACAACAACUGAGACAAAGUAAAAUUACUGACUGACGUGCCCACAACUGGCUCAUAGUCUUUAAGGGAAAAACCACAUCGAUGAAGAGGAUUACUAAACUCCACCUUCUCCACUUAGAGUCGGAGGAAAACAUUUAUUUUUCUUUACGAUCUCAGCCUCUGCCAUUGUUGCUCCCUCUAAAUGAACUUAAAUCUGGAGAGGAUUGAAUAAGGAGAGUUGGAGGCUCACUGGAGGGAAAACUUUUCAAAAUGUGAGAGACGAAUGAGUCAGUGGCAUCAUUGGAGUUGCAAUGAUUGCUCAGUGGAUUUUUCCAAACUUUGAGUGUAUACACAAUGACCACCUUCCUGAAAAUUCCCACUGAGCCUCAUUCACAGCCCACUCUGAAGGGAUACACUGACUCGUCUCUGGCAUGUGGGACACAAUCAUCCAGGUCUUGCCAACUCUAGACAUCAGAGCAGCAUCAAAGCUAUCGGUUGUAUGAGGAGGGGAGAUGUGCUUUAAAAAUCCUCAUUUUCUUAUAAACUUAAAAAAAAAAAA